GGAUGAUGAAUGUCAAUAAAGAAUUUCCAUUUUGCUUGUUUGAGGGACUGUCUUCCUCAGGAGUAACAACGUGAUCAUGAAUCACUACUCGAUAUUCCGAACUAGCAGCUGUAUAAGUGGAUGCAGCACUGUGAUAGGCCUUUUAAGGUUUAUACGAGGAAGAGGAAAAAGGCCCGUAUAGGAGAUAAGCUGCCAGAGGACCAAUUGGAAGCCCAACCCAAUGGAAAAGAAGGAGCAGGGGAUAACCUAGGCGCAGUCACAGGGGAUCAUGCCUGACAAGGAAUAUUCAUCAUGGGAGAAUUCCGUUAGACACCCAGGACGUGUGAAAGCAGGAGUGACGUACGCCACCUCAGCAGGCUGUUGCUGGGUGUGCUAUUAUAUAUAUUUUCCUUUUCAUGGUUAUGAGGGGUAUCUGAGAAUCUAAAAGCUUAUGUGUGUGGAGGAGAGGUAUGCCUCUCUGUGGCGUUGUAUUUCUAUUUAGUUUAUGAAUAAGUUUUACCCCUAUUAAUCCCUCUCGAAUCUAACAAACCUGGUAUCAGAGCACCGAUCCAUCAUGCCUCCAAAGGAACAACAGCAACGUUCGGAGCAUUUGGAAGACGUUGUUUCGCGACUGGGAAGAGUGGAAGCAAGAAUGGGUGAAAUCCGAGGAAAUAUGGGUGAGCUUUGAGGAAGCGUUACCCAGAUCCAGAAGGAUAUCAACAAACUGCAAGUGAUGGGUCAAAUAAUGGAAAAGUUGUGCGGAAUGCUGGAACGACAGGAGCUGGCGGAGAAGCAAGUGGCGGUUCCGCUGGGUUCUGGAGAACACUCCUCCAGUAGUCAGUUGUUACCAAGAGACACGGGCAAGGCUCCACGAGUCAUUCCUGAUUCCUCGUCGCCGGAACCUCCGGUGAUUCCAAUCGACGAACGGCACGAGACCAUCGUCGAUGACCCACAACAUGCUUCGAUCAUCACCGGUAACGAACUUACCUUAAAGAAGCUUGAAAUGCCUAUAUUCGAAGGGACAAACGUGGCAGGAUGGGUGGUUCGAGCUGAGCGUUACUUUAAGUAUGGGGCCAUUCGAGAUCAGGAUAAGCUACCCAUUGCAACGUUGAGCAUCGACGGCGAAGCUUUGAACUGGUACGAUUGGCAAAAUGAUGAGGACCCUUUUGUGGACUGGAAAGAUUUCAAAUCACAGUUGCUCGAGAGGUUCGCCGACCAAUUGGCUGGCAAGGUUAGUGCUCGGUUGUUAAGCCUUACGUAGUCGGGUUCUGUGGUGGACUAUC